UUCUUUCGUUCUCUUCGUUCGACGACACGGUUACUCUGUUCGGCUUUUCAAUUAUUUUUGUCUUUUUUUCUUUUUUCUUCUCGUCGUCUCGUUUCACCUAUUUAUCAUUCUAUUACUCUAUUUUGUAAUCUUCUUUAAUCUUAUCCUUUCGUUUUGCCUUCUUUAUUUCUUCGUUUUUUUUUUUCUUUUUUUUUUUUCCCCAUCCUUUCCUUCUCCGCAUCGUGUCUUAUCGGAUUUCGGUCUCUUCGUGCGCGCAUGUGGAAGAAACGAAGCACGAUAAGGUGGGUCGGACAGCGCAGAGAGAAUCCGCGAUCGUGGGGGGUGGAUGAUUUGGUCGAAGAGCCGCAAGUGACCGAGAAAGAGGAUGGUACGAAGAGAACGAGGAGGAGCGGGACAAAGAAAGCGAGAACGUGUCGUUUAUGAGGGAAGGCGAUAUGCGUGGUUUCAAAAGUUUAAAGAAGAGCAAGAUUACUGGCAUAGGGUCAGUGACAAUGCGAGAAAAAAAAGGAGGUGCUCUUAGCAGAGUGCAGAAACUAAAAAAACGACUUAGUCACAGUUUUGGUAGACUUUCUAUCUCUAAAGAAGAAGCUGACGAUGCUGCAAAUAGAGGUCAGCUGCCUUACAAUGGAUAUUCGGAGGAGUUCCUAGACCGUUUGGAACCAAACGGCAAUAUACCUGCGGAUAAAGAUCGUCGAUACGGUGUUGGUGAUCAUGAAAGAGUGCAUCGGCAGCUUUCCGUUUCUAGCGAUUCCAAGCUUCUAGAUGAAGAUAUAAGAGAAGAGGCAAGAGUGAUUUUACGGCCUCGGCGUCCACCGCGGCCCAAGUCUGAGGUUUUUCUUGGGCCAGAUCCACCACCUCGGAGAACCAAAAGGUUUUCAGCUUUUGGGGGAGACUCUCCUUUUGGAAAAUCCGAAGCUUAUAUAAAAUUAGAACAGUUAGGAGAAGGUUCUUAUGCCACUGUGUUCAAAGGCUAUAGUCACCUCACGAAUCAGGUGGUGGCUCUUAAAGAAAUUAGACUGCAAGAAGAAGAAGGUGCUCCGUUUACUGCCAUUCGUGAGGCAAGCCUUCUUAAGGAGUUAAAACAUAGUAAUAUUGUGACUUUACACGAUAUAAUUCACACUCGCGAGACUCUUACUUUUGUUUUUGAAUAUGUUCAUACUGAUCUAUCACAAUACAUGGAAAGAUAUGGUAGUGGAAGUGGAGGUUUAGAUCCUCACAAUGUUAAAUUAUUUCUCUUUCAAUUGUUAAGAGGACUAGCGUACUGUCAUCGUAGGAGGGUGUUGCAUAGAGACGUGAAACCUCAAAAUUUAUUAAUCAGUGAAAUAGGAGAACUUAAAUUGGCAGAUUUCGGUCUUGCAAGGGCGAAAUCUGUACCAUCGCAUACAUAUUCGCAUGAAGUAGUAACAUUAUGGUAUAGGCCACCCGAUGUUUUAUUGGGUUCUACAGAAUAUUCAACCUCACUUGAUAUGUGGGGAGUAGGUUGCAUAUUUGUAGAAAUGCUGACUGGAGAACCAACAUUCCCUGGUGUACGAUGUACGUACGACCAACUUGAUAAAAUAUUUAAAGUUUUGGGGACACCUACCGAAGAAACUUGGCCAGGUGUAACUCAUCUCCCAGGAUAUAAGCCACACAAAUUGUCGUUUUAUCCACCAAGAAAAUUGGGUCUUUCAUUUCCAAGGCUUUAUGAUAUUGCCGACGGUGAUAACAUGGCAUCGUCUCUCCUACAAUUGAAUCCUGAUCAGCGCAUAGGUGCCGAAGAAGCUUUAAGACAUCCUUAUUUUGCCUCUCUUCCUAGAAAAUUAUAUGAAUUGCCUGAUGAAGUGUCAAUAUUCAGCGUUGAAGGUUGCCACUUGUAUACAAAUUCGAGGCAUGGGUGCACAGAUUCGCGUCUCACUGCUCUUAAGACUUGAGAUUAAAUGUAAAUGAAAGGCAGAUGACAAAUAAUGCCCAGUUCAUACUUAGUGAAGACAUUCGAUUCAUGCGUUAAACUAUUGGCACAUAUGCCAUGACUAUCCACUCAUACACUAUUAUCCACAGGCGCGUCGUUCGCUCUCUCUCUCUCUCUUUUUCUUCUCUUUUUCUCCUUCUCCCUCUCCUGUUUCUUUUUUUCUCUCUUUCUCUCUCUCUCUCUUUCUCAGGGCUGUUCAUAAAUUUCUCUUUCCCUUUUCCACUGCGAUAUUUUUUUUUUUUUUAUGAACUUAUACACGUAUUGAUUAAACAAGCAAUGAUAAAUCAUACACUGUAACUGGCCAAGGAAACAAGAAAGUAAGCUGUCUGUGGCUAAAAGAAAGAUAAAAAAGUUUUAAGCGAUUUGCACGCUCAAUUUAGAAAGCAAAAAGCACGCACGACCCAUCCUCGCACUUCGUCCAAAUACUAGAUUUAGAUUGAUACCAAUCAAAAGAAGAUGAUAUAUAAACCGUCAUAUUGCGUCUCCGGAUCUCAUACCCAAUACGGGUUGGCGGUUAUUGAUUAGCAAAAAUAUUACGAAGUAAUUAUUAUCAUCUUAGAAAAAUUAUGGAAGAUCUGUAAAACGCUGUGUAAAUUUUAUGCUACUUUCGGAUCUUUUGUUGGUCGUUGAAACAAUCGAGAGUAUUGAUACAUUAAAAUCAUUAUUGAUAUUAAAUUUGUUGCUACUAAUGUAAUACGGUGAUAGUGAAUUUAUAGAAAUCAUAAUAAGAUUAGAAUAUCAUUAUAUGUCGACUGUUGCAGCUACCAUCAUUAUACGAAAGAGCAAGGUUAUUGAGAACUUAUCGUUGAUAUCAACGGUAAUGAUCUAGUUAUAAGUAAUUAAUAUUAAUAUGAUAAAAUGUCAGCAGGCAAUAGGUUUGUGACGAUAAUAUAAAGUAAAAUCAAUAGUAGUGAACAAAGAAUGAAAUAAUAAAGUAGAUUUAAUAAAAUCUAAUUUGUUUAGUCGCGCAGAUAACUAUCGUUAACAGAUAGUGGUGCUUUGAAAAAUCAUAGAGAACAUUUUUAAUGAAUUUAUAUUUAUCCUUUGUACAAUUUAUUGGCAUUUCUUGUUUUCAAUUGAACUUUUAAAAUUGUAUAUAAAGAUAUACCAACUCAAAAAACGUUGGCAAUAGUAGAAUAAGGAUAAGAUAAAAGAAAAAAAAAAGAGAAGCGAUACAGUUCUUCCAAAUUUUAUCUAAGUUACAAUGACUAUUACGAUAUUACUACUCCUUCGUAGGUUAUAUUUAUACCGAUUUUUCAGCACACUUAUAAAAAUAUCAACGAGGCGAAAGCAAAAAAAAAAGGGAAACAAAUAUUUCGAAAAAAUUUGAAACAUUAUUACUAUUAAUAUCGUUAUUAUUUGAAAAGAGACGCGCAGAUGGUAGACUGUAAAUAGAACAUCAAGUUCGUAUUAUUGAUGACGCUGAGAUAGAUGAGCUGAGGUUAAUAAAUGUGAAUUUAUAAUAAAUUAAAUUGCAAUACGGCACUCUAGAUCCUAUUUCAUUCUUUCAGUUUCUUUUUUUUUCUCACAUUCAAUAACGUGCCAGUUGCUUUAGUUGUUUAGGUGUAUCAUAAUGCAAAAAAUUAUUGUAAUUGUAAUAUUUUAUCCUAUUAUCGAUUUUUGUACACUUUAAUUCCAGGCUAAUUAUAUUUUGUUUGUAAUCUUACUGAUGAAUUAUUAAUAUCCAAACUUCUUUGGUGUAUCGAAGAAGAUAAAGAAUUGUUUUGAAUUAUAAAUCUAUGGCUAUUUGAAAAUGAUUUGUCUUCCCAACACUAUUAUGAUAAAUUAUGUUCAUGAUACUUUUUGAUUUCCUGAAAUAUUCUUUGCAAUAAUUAAUCACUAUUACUUUGUCUGUUAAUCUUGUAAAUAAUUCUAAUUUCUGUUUUACCGAUAGAAAAAAAAAUUAUGAAAUGUUAAAAUUAUAAAAUUUAAUAAGUGUAAUUAGGGAAUUGUAACAUAUAAAACUAAAAAAAAAAACUUACAAAUUUUAUAUAAUUUAAUUCGAUUUGUAUAAAAAUUGAUGUAUUCAACUUUUAUCAUUUUCAUGUAGUAUUCUAUUUUAUCGACACUUUACCAGAAGUAAAUCAAAGCUCUGAAAUUAAAACUGCUUAGUUAAAUUAAUUUAUCUAUUGCAAAAAGAUCCACGCGUCCAAGUUCAGUCAAUUACUACGUAUCGCUUUUAUACACACAAUAUCUUAAUAUAUAUAUAUGUAUAUAUAUAUAUAUAAGAUUAUUAUUUAUAGUAAUUUAGAAUUUUAGGUUAAAUUACUAUAUAGCUUGAUCCUAACCUAUAUUGUUAGAAUUUACCUGAAUUCAUCAUAAUUAUGAAUUCAGUAUAUAACGCACACAGUAGAUAUAUUUAUUAUGCAUUGUUUUAAUAUAACAUUUAAUAUUAGUAUCAUAAAAGUAUCAGUAUUAUAUAAAACUAGGAAACAUGUCUGAAACAGAUGAAAUUACACCAAAAAUAGAAUUUAAAAAGAAAAUACGUAAAUGCAUAAGAAAACGCCAAACAUCAACAGAUGACGAUGAUGAAUCUAAUGAAAAUCAAGAAAGUUCUAUCAGG